AUGGACUGUUGUACGAAGCGUCGGCUUCUGACAGUGAUGACCAGCGUGUGUGCUUGUGCAGCCUUCGGUCUCUUGUGCAUCUCCGUUGCCACGGAUUACUGGCUGUUCACCAAAGAGAAAACAAAGGAAGCUGUGGGGAAUAAAUCGGUGAAAUACCGCAGCGUGUACUCGGGGCUCUGGAGAAAGUGCAAUUACGGUAAGU